CGAGCUCGUCUGAAUUGUCUUCUUAAUGUCUAGCAGUUCAAUCGACGCAUAGGUGAUUCUAUCACAUAAUGCAAAGCCAAACCACUACCGCCAAGACCAAGUCUACUGGGAAAUUAGGGGCAAAACGCUCCCGAAAUGGUUGCCGCACGUGCCGGUCUAAAAGAUUGAAAUGUGACGAGACAAAGCCAGCAUGUCUUAUGUGCGGGGAGAAGGGUCUUUCUUGCCCUGGUUACCAGCGACAGUUGAAGUGGUCCACCAAACAUGAACGUCAGAUGGGUGGCCAUCCUAGUACCCCUAAUGCUGAUUAUCUUACCAAAUCUACGCCUCUGGUUCCUCAAACGCCUCAAUCGCUCAUUCCCAAUAAUGCGUGGGACAAUAAUGUUAUCAGGAGCGAAGACCAGAAUAUGUUAUAUGGAGCGGGUUCCGGGACUGAUGAUUGCCAUCUAUUCUUUCCAGAAUCACCCGCACGACAAGAUGGAACUCCUUUGUUAGAAUGCUGGGCUCCAGACCCCUCGCCUUUCAAUGACCAGUCCAUGCUAUUAGCAUUGUCCAAUUCGAUGGCAUCUAUAUCGGGUAGUUCCAUUGAUCUAGACGGCUUUACGAUUCCCGACCCACCAAUUUUCGACUCCGAUCAAGGGCAAUGCGAUUCUCCUCAAGAUAUGAUAAAGUCAUCCUCGAACCCUUAUGUGUUAAACACUUUAACUGACAUACCUUCUUUCUUGAUCGACAUCUGGUUCCGGCAGAUAUGUCCGAUGUGGUCCUGUUUCGACUCUGAGUCAAAUCUCAAUAGGAGAAUUGCGCUAGAUACCCGAACACACAAUGAAGCUGUGUUUUAUGCAUUGCAAAGUAUGUCUGCGGUCUACGUUCUGGACCAAUUGCCUCAUUUAAAGGCCGUAGCUAGCACAUCAGCGAAACAAGCAGCGUCCGCACUGAAACGAGACAUGGUCGCAGCAUAUACGACGGUCAAUAAUGGCAGAGUUCCCCAAGAACAGCUUCUGACACUGAUCACACUUGGUACGUCUCAGUGCUGGACAGAUCCACACCAGCUCGGCUUGCCUCUGUUACGAGAAGCCAAACGACUGCUUGGCUUGUUAAACAAAAGGGCCAAGCUUUUCUCGCCAUCAGAGCGAACUAUUUUGUCUUUCUUUAACAAUAGUUGUCUAUAUUGGGAUAUGCUAUGUCGCACCGUCACCAGUGAUGAAAAUUCCCUUGGUCCACCCUGGCAGAACGAAGAAUUCAUGGUCUGGGAUACGGGAUUCGCAACGCCGCAUCCUUGGACUGGAAUAUGUGCAAAUAUCCAACGACUUUUCACCCGUGCAAUGGGUAUAUGUCGUCGAUUUCACCAGCGCCUAAGUCGAGGCCACCGAAUAACGGCUGCUGACUUGGCAGCAUCCUUGAGGGAUAGCGAAGAGGCAAAGGAACUUGAAGAUUCGAUUCGAAACUCAGAACACCUUCAGCAUAAUAGAUUUCGGGAUACAGGUGACCAUCGUACUCCUGCUUCACAUCUCACCGAUAUCGCCGAGGCCUUUCGAAUUGCUGCUCUCUUGCAACUCUAUCAAACAUUUCACGAUCUAGUCCCUCCUACGAUACUGAGUGUCAAUGUUUCGACAGGAUUAGACACGAUAUCUUUUGAAGAAAGUACCUCGAGCGACUCGAGAAUCAUUCAAUUAGCCCUUUGUCUGGCCGGAAUCUUGGAAAGAUUACCACCAGAUUCAGGAUCAAGGUCCAUGCAGCCCAUUUUAUACAUAUCGGCCAGCACUGGCCUUAAAUUUGACACCCCGGUCCAGUCUCCUUUAGAAAACCCACAAAAGCAGGCAGACUCCGACUAUCUACCUCACCCCCGCCACACGAGAGACGUGUCUUCACCACAGAUUCUCAACGCCUCGGCCGAGCAAGAUUCAGAAACCGCUCUCAGUUCUUUCACAAUACAAGUCGGGCGAGCACGCCACUUUAUCAUGAAGCGAAUGGCCAUGUUGGAGUACAGCUUGCCUCCACGGCCUAUUACAGUUGCCCGAGAUCUCAUCAAAGCCAUAUGGUCGACAUAUGACAAGCACCCUGAACGCAAUGCACACUGGCUUGAUGUUAUGGAAGAGACAGGGCUAUAUACUAUUUUUGGGUAGUUUUAUCCCUGUACGUACAAGCUUUAUCUGAUCCAAAACGCCGUAGUGGGCGCUCUUUUCAUUCCCUAUGAAGCAUACUUGUGUGAAUAAUCAUGUGAAGGGAAAUGAGAUCAAUGGUCAGUGUAUAGACUCUAUAUCUAUUAACAAAGCAAUGGCUCACAAGCUGUCGCUACAAUUUCCCUGUAAUUAUGCAACACGUGACCGGCACAUUUUGUCAAACUUUUAACCACUAUACCAGAAAGGGCGCAACCUUACUUUGUAAGGAUUUCUAAUGGUGUUAUAGUCGCAUAUUUUUUUCUGACACAUUUAUAUUAAAUUACGACUUUGUAUGGGUAUCAGCAUUGAUCCCUGAUGUCUCAUCCAGCCACAGUGCCUAAUAGCUAAAGCCUACUAAGUAUUAAAGCUCGGAG